GCGGCGGCGGCCGUCACCGAGGCGGCUGCGCUCCGCUGGGACCGCGAUCGCGAGCCGCCCGACGGUGACGUGGUGAUCGGGCCGUCCGGCAAGGCCGUCUCGUAUGCCGACCUGGUCAAGUCGGGCCGCGAGCCGUCGCUGCCGCUGCGGCCCAGCAAGGAGGGCACGCCGUCUGAUGAGGCGUCGCUGGACCAGAAGCCGUUUAUCUCGGGAAACCCGUUCGUCGAGGUCACCAAGGGCCUGCUGCACCUCUACAAGGAAAACGCGAUGACCAGUCUGGAGGAGGGCACGGAGAGAUCGGAGAUGAUCUGCAUGAUGUCGGUGCCGGCGAAGAUGGUGAUCCACGACCUGCUCCAGUUCACGGCCCCCUGCUACCCGGACAUCGAGCGCAUGCGCAUCAUCCGUGACAGCACGCCCAACCAGUACAUGGCACUCAUCAAAUUCCGCCAUCAGGCCGCGGCUGACGAGUUCUACCGCAACUUCAACGGCGUGCGGUACAACAGCAUGGAACCGGAGACGUGUCGGCUGGUGUACGUGUCCCGGGUGGACCUAGUCAACGAGUCGGACGAGGCGCGUCUGCCCAUCCCAGGGUUCACGGAGCUGCCCACGUGCCCGGUCUGCCUGGAGCGAAUGGAUGAAUCGGUCAACGGCAUCCUGACUGUCCUCUGCAACCACUCAUUUCACGGGAGCUGUCUGAGUCAGUGGGGCGACACCAGCUGUCCCGUCUGCCGGUACGUGCAGACCCCGGAGGAGGCCGAGGACAACUUCUGCUUCGAGUGCCAGGCCAGCGACAGUCUGUGGAUCUGCCUGAUCUGCGGCCACGUCGGCUGCGGUAGAUACGUCGGCGGCCACGCCUACAGUCACUUCUUGGACACGGGUCAUACGUACACGAUGCGUGUGGGGAGCACGCGCGUUUGGGACUACGUGGGCGACAACUUUGUCCACCGGCUGGUGCAGAACAACGACGACGGCAAGAUGGUGGAGGUGGACGACAACGGUCACGGGCGUCACGACUCCAAACACGGCGGCGACUCGGAGGAGAAGCUGGAGGGUAUCCAGCUGGAGUACACGUACCUGCUGACCAGUCAGCUGCAGUCGCAGCGCCAGUACUACGAGGAGUGCAUCGCACGCAUCGAGAAGGACGGCCAGAAGCAGGCGGAGGAGCUGCGCGAGCGCACGCGCCAGGCUGUGGAGGAGACGCACACGCUGCGGGAGCGACUGCAGCAGGCCGGGCGGGAGCGCACCGCCGCCGACAAGAAGAUCCAGCAGCUGACACAACGACUGAACCGGUGUCUGAAAGAACUUCAAGAGGAGCGCGAGAUCAACAAAUCAUUGCGGGAAAACCAGACAGGCUGGCAGGAACGGAUCCAACAGCUGGAGACCAGCCUGAACAGCAUGAAAUCCGAGAAAGACAAGGAGGUAUUGGACCUGAAGGAGCAGGUGCGGGACCUGAUGUUCUUUCUGGAGGGCGCAGCAGAAGAUCGCCAACGCGGCGCCCGAUCUGCCAGCAAGAGCUGACCGAAGGCAACAUCGUCGUGCCGGAGGGUACCGCCGGCCAAACCACCCGGUGCAAGACGAAAGAAACGCUAGCCGGCGACGUGUGUGUAACCUGUGAUGCGCGAGUUCCGUGUUUGUAACUUAUCCAUCGUGACAUGUUUGUGAUCAAAUGCUUUUACAAUACGCCAGUGUCACUAUCGUGUGCGACUGUGUGGGGAGCUGAAAAUAGUUUGGAGAUCAAAACAAAAUCUAUGUUUGUGA